AUGUACUGCCUGCUGGCUCCCCUCUGCCUCCUGAGCCUGCUGCCACCCCUCAGCCCUGCAGCCCCUAUCUCCCCAUCAGAGCCCAUCAGUCAAGCCUACAGCCUGGCCCUUUACAUGCAGAAGAACACGUCAACACUGCUGCAGACAUACCUCCAGUACCAGGGCAGCCCCUUCAGUGACCCUGGCUUUGCAGCCCCUGAACUGCAGCUCAGCAGCCUGCCUUCUGCUGCAGUCUCCUUCAAGACCUGGCAUGCCAUGGACGAUGCAGAGCGGCUAAGCCGAGCCCAGGGAGCCUUCCUGGCCUUGACCCAGCACCUCCAGCUUGUGGGCGACGACCAGAGUGAUCUGAAUCCUGGCAGUCCUGUUCUGCUGGCCCAGCUAGGAGCGGCGAGACUCAGGGCCCAAGGCCUAUUGGGCAACAUGGCUGCUAUCAUGACCGCUCUGGGGCUGCCCAUUCCCCCAGAAGAGGACACUCUAGGGCUUGUCUCUUUUGGGGCCUCAGCCUUUGAGAGGAAAUGUCGAGGCUACAUAGUGACCCGGGAAUAUGGUCACUGGACAGAUCGGGCUGUGAGGGACUUGGCUUUACUUAAGGCCAAGUACCCAGCAUAG